GGUACGCCUGCCACACCCUACAGUCAGCCAUGAUGCUCCUGCAGAGUCACUUUCCAGGGUGAAGGAAACACUGCUUUCUGGAGACACACUGAGGCCACGGACAAGAUGGAGGUGUAACUGUAUGGAAGGCACACCAGGCUCGCCGAGAGGGUCACACACAGACGAAGAGGACACGGGAGAAGGGGUGUGGGUGGCGGGCUGGCAGGAUGGUGGUGGCUCAGGGUGGGAGGCUGAUGAGGGGGGGCGGAGUCGCCAGCACAGGGUGUGGCAUGACCCCCCGCGAGCUCUCUGACUAUGAUGACCUGGCCACCUCCCUUGUCCUGGACCAGUACCUGGGCUUUGUCACCCAUAAGAUGAACAUCAGGUACCGACCACUACGGGGCAACAAGGACCACCUACUCACCAUCAUCGAGGACUUUAUUCAGCACCAGGACUAUGAGAAGGCGUUCAAGCAGCUCGUCUCGGGGGACUGGAUGCCGUGGACCUUCUUCAUCACUAAGAACAAAACAUUACAGGCAACAUUUAAGGAACAUGUGUUUCGAUACCUGCGCGUCUUUGAUAAGGAUAGUGGCUUCGUCGUUAAAGCAUGUUACCGGUACUCCAUGGAGGGCUGCGUGGGGGCCAAGAUCUGCGCCACUAAGAAGUGGUACAAGAAUGAGCAGAUUGGGUUCCUAGUUGGCUGCAUUGCUGAACUCAGCGAGGAGGAGGAGGCCCAGCUGUUACAUCCUGGCAAGAAUGACUUCUCGGUGAUGUACUCUUGCAGGAAAAACUGUGCACAGCUGUGGCUUGGCCCUGCAGCGUUCAUUAACCAUGACUGCCGUGCCAACUGCAAGCUUACUGCUACUGGACGUGGAACUGCAUGCGUUAAGGUCCUUCGAGACAUUGAGGAAGGGGAAGAAAUCACUUGCUUCUAUGGGGAAGAUUUCUUCGGAGACAACAACUCUUACUGUGAAUGUGUCACCUGUGAAAGGCGAGGAACAGGUGCCUUUGCCAACAAGAAGAAUGGAGACGAUGCAGAGAAAGGCUACCGGCUGAGGGAGACUGAUCUGAGGCUAAGGAUAAGCCGCCAGAGGUUACGCAACCAACAGAAAGGAGAGGGAAUGGGGAAGGGGAAAAGUGAGGUGGCUGUCAGUCUGAAAGUGGACGGAAGUGAUAACAAAUUAAAAGUGAAUAAUAUGUCUGGCAAAAUGAAUGGUGACAUUGUGCGGCGCGAGUUGAGGACUAGAGGAGGAUCUCGGGACUCUGAAAAGUCUGAUGCCAGCGCAGAGUGUGGCGGUGGCAGUGGGCCACAGACACACAUUAAGCGUUCUGGGCCUGAGGACCUCACCCUCAUGAAUGGCCUAUACCCCAAGGCCAAGAAUAGGAGAACAAGUUCAGACAGCGCUCAGGAAAACAUUGACAUUUCAAAUGGAGACUGUGAUGAACCUGUUAAAGCACACACGGAUAAGUUUGGGAAGGCGACCUCAGCGAAGGGUCGGCCACAGACCAGGAGUUGUGUGGUUGCCCUGGGGAGUGCAGUGAAGGAUGGAAGUGAUGUGGCCACCAGCAAGGCUGAGCAAAGUGACCAUUGCUUGGACCCCAAAGGGAUCAAGCUGCGUAGUCGCCGCCAGCUGUCUACUGCCAUGACAGAAGUGGGCAACACUCGUAACCUGAGAGGCCACCACAACCGUUCUGGAAUGAAGGAUGACACGGAGUUUUUUACAGAGGUGGUGGGAAGAGAGGAAGGGGAGGCAGCAGAGGGAGGAGAGCCAGCGAGGGUCUCAGGGAGUGAAGCAGAGGAGGGUGGCAGCAGGGAGGCAGCAGCUGCAGCAGCAAGGGAGGUAGUAGUGAGGGACACAGCGCCAAGCUCAAACUGCUUUGUAGAUCUCAGCCGCGUAAAACUGACGGGAUGCAUGCAAGUAGACGUGCUCGGGGAACCAGCAGUGGCAACGGUUGCAGUGCCACACCAGGACCAUGGCACCACCAGCCCGAACCUCCAGUGUUCUGGGCGCCCCCCCCUCCGCAGGUUACGGCGGCCCCCUGGUGAAAAAUGUGAUAACUCUAGUUUAGGUUACCUUAGUGUAGGAAGUAACUGUUCUAGGAAUGUAAUUACCAAUAAUAACAACAAUUCUUUGGACAAGUUAAUGUCGUCUUCAUCAUCAGUUGAACAGUCACUGCCAAGUUCUCAGUUACCUCAGCAGUCUAUUAGUGAUAAAAAGGAGUUAGAUAAUAGCUUGAUGCCUCACAGUAAGAAAACUAGGCAUUCCAAGUGCAAACAGACAGCUUUAAAAGACAGUUUAGUAGUGGCAGCAGCAGAGUGUCAAUCCAGCCCAACCAGCCUCGAGGCCACCAAUCUGUCUCCGGCCAAGGAUGUGUACGAGUUUGAGGAGGAGGACGACUCUGCCUCCCCUGGGUCCUUGCGGGUGAGUAAGCUGGCAGCAGGGCGAUGGGGGAGGAGUGCCCCUCAGUGUGAAUCCCCACCUCACCCACUGGCUGGGUACACCCCCUCCUCACCCUCUACAGCCAUGGUCACUCCAGAAAAGAGUGGUCGGUGUGGUGUCAAGCUGAGGUUGCGUAUGAAACGCUCGCCGGUGUUAGAUGAGGUCAUAGAGGUUGGGUCACACCUCUCAGAUUCUGUAGGGGGAGGUGGGAUGACCUAUGAGCCAGAGUAUGAGGUACUGACGGUGGAGGGCAUCACCAGCCAGGACUACGAGGACCACCACCACCAAAGCCACCACAGUCACAACCACCACCACCGCCGCCACCGCAAGAAGCACCACAGGGAGCAUCGCCGACGCUCUGAUUCCUCUGAGAGUGAAAGCACCGAUGGGGAUGGGUCGUCUGCUGCUGCGGCCGCUGCUGCCACCCCAAGGCCAACCAUGAAGCGACUGCGGUUGAUUCUUGGCAACGAAACCCACACUAUCACAAUCCCCGGCACACACCUGGAUGGGAAGUGAGAAGGAAGGUCACACUCACUGCUGCAUUACACACCCCAGACCCCCCCCCCUCCCCCUCCCCCACCAGCACCACCACCACAGCUUAAACCCUGCCUACAUAUCUUGCCAUACCACAAUACUUUAGUACACCACAUUGUAUUAACACCAUUAUACACCACCAACACAACACAUCAAGGCUAUAACACACAAGACACAUUAGUUUGCCUACCUAAUUUACACAACAACACACCGAAUGACUCCACAUCAUCCUCUCUAUACAUUGCACUACAUAGCAUUCUUACCCUGUGGACAUCCCAACAAAUGCCACCAUUACCAAUACCUACUGCCCACAUUCAUAUCUCCCCUCCUGUCCAUGAAGAUACUACAACUUCAUCCUUUUGUAAAGAAAUGUUUGAUCAAGUCUUUCAGUUUUUAAACCAGCUAAGUACACUCAAGUACUGUAGUAGACCCUCCUCUCUCACCCACAACCACCACCGAUAACAUGGGACUCUGACAACAUUGCCAUUUCAUUGAUGUGUAAUAUAUUUCCAAGCCAGCCCCUCAUCUGCUCCUCUCCAUCACAGCCUUGGAUUGUCUUUGGCCAAGGCAGUAAGCUUAGGACUGGUCUUCGUCAUAUGCCUCUCUAGGGCCACGGCACUGUUGGGCCAUUGCAUCGUGUAAUAAAAUUGGCACUGUGCUUCAUGGAAUACAGUAAGUUUUAUUUAUAUUUUCUCAAAUUCGUUUUAUUCUGACUAUUUAUUUUCACUUGGAUUAUGAGUUUGAAUGUGUUAAUGAACUCAUUCUUCCCUUUUUAUUCACAGGAUAUUUAUUGAAAUUUCUUAGUUAACUUUUAUGUUUUUUAGAACCAGUUAAUGUUUUAGUUGUAAAAACAGUGGUGUGCUGGAAGCACCCACUUGGCUGCAGAGUACAGCUGCAAGGAUGUCUCUUAUUUUGAUAUUAUAUGUACACCUAGAAGAUUGCACAACAAAACAAAAAAGCCAACUUGCAUAGAUCUGGGGUGCUUUGUUACAGAGUUUUAUUUUUGCUUAACUUUUUAUUUUUGAGGAAAAGAUUAAGAUUAAUACAGUGUAUGAUGUAGAGUGUAAAGCAGUUGCUGCAACACAAACCAUUUGCAUAGUUAUGAUAUAUGUCUUGUUUUCUAAGCUUAUAAAGUGUAAUGGGUCUCAGGGGAGGGCAAGAGAAAGUAGUCAGGCGGUGAUAAAAG